CCCAUCAAAGCAUAGUUCAUCUCCCCAUGGAACGGCAAGAGUAGAUAUAAAAAGAAAACAUUUAUGUGUACCUUAUAUUUGAUCACACUUACUUUAAAAAAGAAAAAAACGCAGGAAAACGACUCGCCGUCGUGGUAUAAUCCUUACGAAGCGAAGCAUGUUUUCCUAAUGACAGUUAAAUUGUAUCGUAAGAACAUUAAACCGGAAUCCAUCGGCAUUAUAACACCGUACAUAAAACAAGCUGAACAUAUGCGCAAACUUUUCGUUGAUGCCUAUGUAGAAAUGCCUAAAAUUGGCACUGUGGAGGAAUUCCAAGGACAGGAACGCGAUAUAAUAAUAAUUUCAACACUGAGAUCAGAUGUGGAGCAUAUACCUAGCGAUGCUCGAACGGUUUUUAAACGACGUGGUGAAUACCACAUUCAAAAACCAACCUUAAAAUUAAAAAGCGAAGAACCGCAAAAGCAGCGGGAAAGCUCUAAGCUAAAAUUGCUUGGUUACUUAAUGGGUUCAAUACUAAUUGGCGUUGCUGGUAUGGCCAUCUAUCGCUAUAAAUACUAAUUGGCUGGAUAAUAUAUACUAAAGAAGCGAGAA